ACUCCUAUUUCACUCAUUGCAUUUGGCAUCAUUUUUUUUUGUCUGUAUAGCAAAUUUCCUCUCUCCACUCACAUUUCUUUCUUCACCAAUUUUUCUUAAACAUAAGGUAGUCUAUCAAAGGAGAGCUACUUGAAGCUUCUAAUGCAAUCGGAUAAGGUUCAAGUAUAUUUGUGCAAUAAUCAAGCAUCUUAUAUGUUAAGCUUUGUCAGAAGAAAGCUGAAGCAUUUUUGUUCAAGGAUAAGGAGGCUGCUAAGAAGACGAAAAAGGCCGAAAAUUAUCAUCAAGAGGUUUGGAAAGCUUAACUCAGAAGUUCAGCGUAAAGGAGAACCAGGAAAUGGUAGAAAUGGCCAAUUGGGUUAUGCUUUAUCCGAAAAGCCAAUUCGCAUUGCCACGUUCAAUGUUGCCAUGUUUACUCUUGCACCUGCCAUUUCAAAGGCAGAGCAAUCUUCUUCCUUUAACCAUGAAAAUGGAGACUAUUUGUUAAAGAGUCCUGCAAUAAGUGAUCGUCCAAAGAGCAUACUAAAGCAGUCACCAUUAAGGACCACCCUGACUGGUCCUCCGGAGUAUCUGUCUAAGACAAAAAACCAUAGCAGAUCAAAUCUGAAGGUUUCCAUAAAUCUUCCUGAUAAUGAGAUUUCAUUAGCACAUAGUAAACUGCUUGCUUUUGUCGAAGACGAGAAACAAAGUUCAUCAAACAUGAUCACAAGCAGGGUUCCAGUGAGGUCACCUGUAUGCUUCCCUUCCACGAUGAGGUCACCUGUAUGCUUCCCUUCCAUGAUGACAAACUAUUGGACUUGGAGUGAUGAAAGCUUGAAAACGAGUAGAAGCAUUCUAGAAGUCCUGAGAGAGGUAGAUGCUGAUAUAUUGGCUUUGCAAGAUGUUAAGGCCAAGGAAGAGAGAGAAAUGAAACCACUUUCUGAUUUGGCAAGUGCUUUGGGGAUGAAAUAUGUGUUUGCUGAGAGCUGGGCUCCAGAGUUUGGGAAUGCCAUACUAUCUAAAUGGCCAAUAAAAAGAUGGAAAGUCCAGAAAAUUGCUAAUAAUGAUGAUUUCAGGAAUGUGUUAAAGGCAACAAUUGAUGUGCCAUGGGCAGGGGAAGUGAACUUUUACUGCACACAACUUGACCAUUUGGAUGAAAAUUGGAGAAUGAAACAAAUUAGUGCUUUAUUUCAAGCAAAUGACCCUCCUCAUAUAUUGGCAGGAGGUUUGAACUCUCUGAAUGGCGGUGAUUACUCAGCUGAGAGAUGGGCAGACAUAGUCAAGUAUUAUGAGGACAUGGGAAAGCCAACACCAAAGACAGAAGUGAUGAAGUUUCUGAAGGGAAAGGGUUAUGUAGAUGCAAAAGACUAUGCAGGGGACUGUGAGCCAGUAGUCAUGAUUGCCAAAGGCCAAAAUGUGCAAGGGACUUGUAAGUAUGGUACAAGAGUAGAUUAUGUUUUGUCAUUGCCAGAUUCGCCUUAUAAAUUUGUUCCGGGAUCAUAUACUGUGGUUUCAUCCAAGGGGACUUCUGAUCACCACAUGGUUAAGGUUGAUAUAGUGAAAGAAAGCAAGAUUGCUAAGCAGAAUGUCAUUAAACGACAACAAAAAUCGAUACAAAAGCUUGUAAGAAGAACCACUACUUGUUCUUCAAGAACUGUAUGGAGAGUAAACUCAUAAUUUUCUUAUAUAUAUAUAUAUAUAUAUAGUUGUAACAAAUAAAUUUCUCUUAUGUUAUGAGUUUGCCACACUUAAAUGCUAGACUAAUGCACUAAAGUGAU